AUGUCACUCAUUACCCUGCUGAGCCCUUUGGCGGCCGCCACGAGUUGGAUUGCGCUGAAAUGCGCCGCCUCACCCGUUGCCAGCGCCGCUGCUUUCGGCUUGAUCAGCUACCUCCUCUGGCAAGCGGUGCCCAUCCUGCAAGAGCGGAAACGCCAAACGAAGCAGUACAAUAAAAUGCCCGGCAUUGGGCCGAUCACCUUUCUCGGGUACAUCCUGGGCAACAUUGAGAUCUACUAUCUGUACAUGUUCCACCUGAACCGCGAGAAGGCCGUCACGCAGCUGCUGGGUGCCUUCUACAACAUCAAGGAUUUCGCAAUAAACGGCAUUGCUCGCUUCACCAUCGGCCCGGUGCGAAUGGUUGCCCUCUUCAAGGCGAGCACAGUCGAGCAGGUGAUCAACAGCAUGGAGCACAUUGAGAAGGCCAAUGAGUACAAGGUCUUCAAGCCGUGGCUUGGACUAGGUCUGCUGACAAGCACCGCCGAAAAGUGGAAAAGACACCGAAAACUGCUGACACCGGCGUUCCACUUUAAAAUUUUAGACACAUUUUUCCCGGUAAUGAACGACAACACCCAGGAGAUGAUGGCCCGUUUUGAUCGCAUCGUUGCCAAGGACCAGACUGGCGAACAUCGAGGAAUCGACAUUCGUCAGCUGGUAGGCGAUUGCACACUAGACACAAUUUGUGAGACGGCCAUGGGUGUACGAGUGGGCGCUCAGUCUGACAAGGGCAACGUCGAGUACAUUGGCCCGAUCAACAAUGCUCUGACGCUGGCCAUGAACCGCAUCAUGGAGCCCUUCUUUCACCCUGACAUGAUCUACAAUGUCACCAUUCCGGGAAUGCGCAAUCGACAGAAUCUGAAGAAAAUUCACAGUUUUGUUCGUCAGGUGAUCAGCAACCGACGAGAGGAGCUGGAGAAGACAAUCCGCGAGAAGCAAAUUGACGUGAAGAACAUUGCCGGCGCCGAUGUGGAGACUUUCACCAAGCGGCGAUAUGCUUUCCUUGACUCACUGCUGCUGGCGCACUUUCAGAAUCCAAAUGAAUUCACAAUGAAGGACAUUGAGGAUGAAGUGAACACGUUCAUGUUUGAAGGCCACGACACGACCAGCAUUUCGCUCAUCUUCUCACUGCUUCUCUGCGCUGGUGAUGCACGAGUUCAGGAGAAGGUGUUUGAAGAAAUGGAGUCCAUCUUUGCUGACGACCCUCAUCGACAGAUUACGCUUGAAGACUGUAAAGAGAUGAGAUACCUCGAAAUGGUCAUCAAGGAGAGUCUUCGACUGUACCCCAGUGUGCCAUUUAUUGGGCGAAAGAUCAAAACCGA